AGUCACAUCACUACCACUAAGCAAUUUGCAUCCGGCAGACCAGCCCCUGGAUUCCUCCUGGCUCCUGCUGCCCUCUGGGUAUUGCAUUUCUGGAAGCUUUCAGGCGGCCCUGGGACUCGGCUCUUUGCUUUCACCAUGAAUUCCACCUGAAAGAGGAAGCAGCAAGGAGAACAUCUGCUUUGUUUGCAGGAAAGUGGUCAAGCUACAAGCAAAUCUCUAGGCAUCUGAGGAAUUGUGAAGCUUCUAGAUUUCAUGUGGUUGCUGACAGGGAGGGGCAAAUAAGGAUCUUCGUGAUCUCCUCAUCAUGGAUAAUCUUUUGCCUCAGUCAAGAUUCUCUUAUUUCAAAAAAUAUCCUCUCCAUGCAAUUAGAAAAUAUUUAUCGAUGCUGAGAAACCAAAGAGAGGAAGAACAGGUUGCACGUUUUCAAAAAAUUCCUAAUUCUGAAAAUGAGACAAUGAUUCCGGUAUUGACAUCAAAAAAAGCAAGUGAAUUACCAGUCAGUGAAGUUGCAAGCAUUCUCCAAGCUGAUCUUCAGAAUGGUCUAAACAAAUGUGAAGUAAGUCAUAGGAGAGCCUUCCAUGGCUGGAAUGAGUUUGAUAUCAGUGAAGAUGAGCCACUAUGGAAGAAGUAUAUUUCUCAGUUUAAAAAUCCCCUUAUUAUGCUGCUUCUGGCUUCUGCAGUCAUCAGUGUUUUAAUGCAUCAGUUUGAUGAUGCUGUCAGUAUCACUGUGGCAAUACUUAUCGUUGUUACGGUCGCCUUCGUUCAGGAAUAUCGUUCAGAAAAAUCUCUUGAAGAACUAAGUAAACUUAUGCCACCAGAAUGCCAUUGUGUGCGUGAAGGAAAAUUGGAGCAUACGCUUGCACGAGACUUAGUUCCAGGUGAUACAGUUUGCCUUUCAGUUGGGGACAGGGUUCCUGCUGACUUGCGCUUGUUUGAGGCUGUGGAUCUUUCUGUUGAUGAGUCCAGCUUGACAGGAGAGACAACACCUUGUUCUAAGGUGACAGCUCCUCAGCCUGCUGCUACUAAUGGAGAUCUUGCAUCAAGAAGUAACAUUGCCUUCAUGGGAACACUGGUCAGAUGUGGCAAAGCAAAGGGUAUUGUCAUUGGAACAGGAGAAAAUUCUGAAUUCGGAGAAGUUUUUAAAAUGAUGCAAGCAGAAGAAGCACCGAAAACCCCUCUGCAGAAGAGCAUGGACCUCUUAGGAAAACAACUCUCCUUUUACUCCUUUGGUAUAAUAGGUAUCAUCAUGUUAGUUGGCUGGUUACUAGGAAAAGACAUACUGGAAAUGUUUACUAUUAGUGUAAGUUUGGCUGUAGCAGCAAUUCCUGAAGGUCUUCCCAUUGUGGUCACAGUGACUCUAGCCCUUGGUGUUAUGAGAAUGGUGAAGAAGAGGGCGAUUGUGAAAAAACUACCUAUUGUUGAAACUCUGGGUUGCUGUAAUGUGAUUUGUUCAGAUAAGACUGGAACCCUGACCAAGAAUGAAAUGACUGUUACCCACAUAUUUACUUCGGAUGGCCUGCGUGCUGAGGUUACUGGAGUUGGCUACAAUCCAUUUGGGGAAGUGAUUGUUGAUGGUGAUGUUGUUCAUGGAUUCUAUAACCCAUCUGUUAGCAGAAUUGUUGAGGCUGGCUGUGUGUGCAAUGAUGCUGUAAUUAGAAAUAACACUCUAAUGGGGAAACCAACGGAAGGAGCCUUAAUUGCUCUUGCAAUGAAGAUGGGUCUUGAUGGACUUCAACAGGAUUAUAUCAGAAAAGCUGAAUACCCUUUUAGCUCUGAGCAGAAGUGGAUGGCUGUUAAGUGUGUACACCGAACACAGCAGGACAGACCAGAGAUUUGUUUUAUGAAGGGUGCUUAUGAACAGGUGAUUAAGUAUUGCACUACAUAUCACAGCAAAGGGCAGACCUUGACACUCACCCAGCAGCAGAGAGAUCUGUACCAGCAAGAGAAGGCCCAGAUGGGCUCUGCAGGGCUCAGAGUUCUUGCUUUGGCUUCUGGUCCUGAAUUGGGACAACUGACGUUCCUUGGCCUGGUGGGAAUCAUUGAUCCUCCUAGAACUGGUGUGAAAGAAGCUGUUACAACACUCAUUGCCUCGGGAGUGUCGAUAAAAAUGAUUACUGGAGACUCACAGGAGACUGCAGUUGCCAUCGCUAGUCGUCUGGGAUUAUAUUCCAAAACCUCCCAGUCAGUCUCAGGAGAAGAAAUAGAUGCAAUGGAUGUCCAGCAGCUUUCACAAAUAGUGCCAAAGGUUGCAGUAUUUUACAGAGCUAGCCCAAGGCACAAGAUGAAAAUUAUCAAGUCUCUGCAGAAGAACGGGUCGGUUGUGGCCAUGACAGGAGAUGGAGUAAAUGACGCAGUUGCUCUGAAGGCUGCAGACAUUGGAGUUGCGAUGGGUCAGACUGGCACAGAUGUUUGCAAAGAGGCAGCUGACAUGAUCCUGGUGGAUGACGAUUUUCAAACCAUCAUGUCUGCAAUUGAAGAGGGUAAAGGGAUUUAUAAUAAUAUUAAAAAUUUUGUUAGAUUCCAGCUGAGCACGAGUAUAGCAGCAUUAACUUUAAUCUCACUGGCUACAUUAAUGAACUUUCCCAAUCCUCUCAAUGCCAUGCAGAUUUUGUGGAUCAAUAUUAUUAUGGAUGGACCUCCAGCUCAGAGCCUUGGAGUAGAACCAGUGGAUAAAGAUGUCAUUCGUAAACCUCCACGCAACUGGAAAGACAGCAUUUUGACCAAAAACCUGAUACUUAAAAUACUUGUUUCCUCAAUAAUCAUUGUUUGUGGGACUUUGUUUGUCUUCUGGCGGGAGCUGCGAGACAAUGUGAUAACACCUCGGGACACAACAAUGACUUUCACGUGCUUUGUGUUUUUUGACAUGUUCAAUGCACUGAGUUCCAGAUCUCAGACCAAAUCUGUGUUUGAGAUUGGACUCUGCAGUAAUAAAAUGUUUUGCUAUGCAGUUCUUGGAUCCAUCAUGGGACAGUUAUUAGUUAUUUACUUUCCUCCACUUCAGAAAGUUUUUCAGACUGAGAGCCUAAGUAUACUGGAUUUACUGUUUCUUCUGGGUCUCACCUCAUCAGUGUGCAUAGUGGCAGAAAUUAUCAAGAAGGUUGAAAGGAGCAGAGAGAAGAUCCAGAAGCCUGCUAGCUCAACAUCGUCGUCUUUUCUUGAAGUAUGAUGCAUAUUGCAUUCUUUUAUUUGCAAACUAGGAAUUGCAGUCUGAGGAUCAUUUAGAAGGGCAAGUUCAAGAGGAUAAAAUGAAGAUUUGAGAACUUUUGAACUUUUUAUUGACUAAAAAUGAGUGUUAAAGACUUGAGACUUUAACCUGCUGAGAGUCCCAAAUGAAAUUAUGCAACUUUGGUAACAUUUUCCUUGAUUUAAAUUGGCUUUUGCAAUUGAAUGGAACUUCAUAAAGUGUAUGGGCAGUUAUUUAAUUUAAAAAAAAAAAAAAAAAGGUAAAACCUGAACCACCUUCUGCACUUAAAAGAGGUCUAACAGUUCAAAUACACUAUCUAUUCUAGAUAGACAUGAUUUUUUUUUUUAAUUUUUAAAUAUUGUACUAUUUAUGGUGAUGGGGCUUUCUUACUAAUACACAAAUAAAUUUAAUCAUUUCAAAGGCAUUCUGUUUGGUUUAGGAAGUUAAUUCCCAGGAGUGCCAUAUUUCAGCUACUGUAUGUCCUUUUCCCUGCAGUGUAAGCAGUUCAGCUACCUUGUGUUAUCAUUUUUGUAUCUCACGUUUUUUUGCACAGGAUGUGACCACUGUCAGAUCACUGUUCUUUUCUUUCUUUUUGUGAUUGAAAAGCCUAUACUGCAAUUUGAAGUAAAUGUUUGCUUUUCUUAGUAAGUGUAAAUGGUUGCCUUUUUUCUUCCUUUUUUUAUUUUUGGUAUGAGUCUUUGGUCUAGCAAAAUUAAUAAAUAUAGAGCUGUUGAGUAGCUUUCUAGGUAGGGUAGCUAGGGUAGGGUAGUAAUUAACAUUUAGUCAUGGAGUUAAAAAUAUUUAAGACUGUUUGGGCUGAAAUUGAUAGCAGAUUUAUAUUAACUUGUUAUGCCUUUUUUUAGAGUUAAUGUAAAUACAUAUUUUGUCAAGUAUCAUCUUGACGAAGUCACCUCCUAAAUAUAAAUCCAAGUACCUCACCUGAAUAUCUGAAUUGUAUUAUUUCAAUGUCUUUUUAUGUGUACUUUAAAGAAUCUUUUUUAGAAAGUAUAGAGUGGGAAACCAAGAAUUGAAAAGCCUCAAACUUAACUAAACAGACAGUUUAUGGACCAGAGUAUAAGUGGGAGAUUCUGUGCUGACCUUGGUUUCCGUGAAUCUGCAGCUUUGGGGCCUAGGUGGAGCACAGCCCAGAGUCUGUCCCUCUCCUGCUUCCACCAGUAUCUUCUGUCUUCUUUCUGCUUUACUGGGCAAGCUAAAGAAAUAGAUAGAUUUGCUCGGAAUGCCAUCAGUUUUUGUAAUAGCUGGAUGGGGUGUAGGUAAUUUGUUUUGAGCGUGUGGCAAAUUUGGGCCAGAAAUUCAGAAUUAGAAAUACAUUUUCUGUUGAGUAUUUCUCUCUGAAACAGAAACGGGUCUCAACUUCUUACAUGUUUAAUUCUUCCUAAAGGUUACUGAAUUUUGUAUUUUAUAAUUAUACUCUCCAGUUUUUAUCUCGAAUAUUAAACUGCACUGUUAGCAACACAGUACUUUUGUUGGCGAUAGGAAAGAUACCUGUUCUGUGAGUCUGUGGGGAUAUAACUGAAACAAUUUAGUAUAAGGACCUGAAAUGUCUGCAGUUUAUUCUACUUUACUCUUUAAGGCUUGAUAGUCAAAUGUACAUGGAAGCCAUUGUCUAAUCAACUUUUUCUUUAGUGAUGGUGAUGUUUCAUAUCUAAAUUUUGUAAUAAGUUUUCUUCUCUGUUACAAAGACUUCAAAUACGUAUUAAGUGCACGUCAAUCUUUUGCUUUGCAUUUUAGGUUCAUAUGAAAUAAAUGUGCCUAUUCCGAUAUAUAAGAUUUUAAACCUCCCCCCAGAAUGAUUUAUUUUCAAAAGUUAAGGUUCUUCCAGUUGGGACUGUUAAUGUUAAAAUCAUAUGGAUGUUGAAGAUACAGAAAUUGCACAGUACUCAUAGGACACUGAAUCUGUGAUUUAAAAAGAAGUGAAAUGUAUAAUACAGAUAUCCAUCUGUAUAACAGAUUUCCCACAGUAAAACAACAAAUUAGUCUGUC